CAAAAGAUGGAUGUAUUAUUGUAUAUGGAGGUUAUAUUAGUCACAGUACAUUGGUUCCAGUUUCAGAUGAUCUUGUAGUGUUAGACACCGAGAAAUCGAUUUUUACUUGGUCGAAAGCGAACGUUUCUACUCUUUCACCACUUUCACGUUUUUAUCAUUCAGCUACUUUGGUUGAUCAUUAUAUGAUUGUAGUUUUUGGAAGAAAUGGUAUUUAUACACCAUCUUUGACAAUGAAUGAAGUAUACAUUUUAGAUACAAGCGACAAAUUUGAUUACAAAUGGAUUAAUGAAUUUAUGCCUCCUACAACAUCCAAUGAUAAAACUGUAACUACAUUGGAUCCUAGUCCAACUUCUAACGUUAAUACCGUUAAUACUGGAUUAAUAAUCUCAACUUCAAUUUUAGCAUUUCUAUUAUUAGUUAUAGCAAUUG